UAAUCAGUCUACCUAAAGCCAAUAUAUCCAGAUAACAGUUGCUUACCUAACUCUAAAUAUUACUGCUGUAAGAUUACAAUUCAAAUGACAUCAAAGACCAUGUCGAUUUAUCUCUUUUAAUCCAGAAUGAGAUGAAUAAUAUAAACAUACCAGUUUCCAUACAGGGUCAUUUUCAUUUCUCUAAUCUCUCUUCGUCUUUAAAGAAUAACAAACAGUGACGACAACAGCGUGCCGUUUACGUGGAGAUAAGAUAAGGUUCAUGUUGACACUGGCUAUUCUCCAUACAGAAAGCAAUUAACUUAGAACCUCUUGCUACAUUGAAAAAAAUCCUACAUGAUACAAAUAAAUGUACUGAAGAAUUUUAAUACAAUUUAAGAUUUGACUAAUACCUGAUCACAUCUUAUUACAAAAAAGACAAUUAACCCGAAAUAAUCCACAGUUGCGACACAACUAAGAGGUAUACAUUUGGGGAAAAACACAAUUACACAAUUACUUUGUGAAUUCUCAGAAUGGUGGGAUGAGGAAAACCCACACUGUGGGGAUAUGUGUGUUGCAAUAAUUGCUUAAUAAACAAACAUUAGUUAUCCUUUCUCAUAUAAAAAGCCAUACCUGAUCCUUUCACAUCCACCAGUGCACAAAGAAAGUAACAAUGGCAAUUCAGGUCCUUAUACCCAUACUGCUGUUCUGUGCAGAGGCCUUCUCUCAGACUUCUUUGCCGCUGGACUGUGCGGAUAUCUAUGAUCAAGGCUUCAAGGCAAACGGCGUUUACGAAAUAUACCCAGCAUGCCCCACGUCGCCUCAGAACGCAUACUGUGAUAUGGAGACAGAUGGUGGGAAGUGGACUGUGUUUCAGAGGAGGAUGGAUGGCACAGUGAACUUCAUCAGAGGAUGGGAGCAGUACAGGAAUGGCUUUGGACAUGCAGCGGGAGAAUACUGGCUUGGUUUGGAAGCCAUUCACCUCCUCACUAAGAAGACUAAGUAUGAGCUGAGGGUCGACAUGGAGGACUUUCAGGGGAAUAAAGCAUUUGCCAAAUACUCAUCGAUUUCCAUCCGCAGCGAACUGGAUGGCUACAGACUCACAGUGAGCGGUUUUCAAAACGGAGGCGCUGGGGAUUCUUUGACUUACCACAGUGGACAGAAGUUCACCACAUAUGACCGUGACCAAGACUCAAAUAAUGACAGAAACUGUGCAUUCUUUGCAAUGGGACCAUUCUGGCACAACAGCUGCUACCUUGCCAACCCAAAUGGCCUGUACAGCUGGGGUGAAUCCUCUGAGCUCGGAGCAAAUUGGCGAGGCUUCAAAAAGUUUAACUCUUUGAAGGCCAUUUCCAUGAAGAUACGACCGCUAUAGUGAACUAACCACAAUACCAUUUCUUCAUGUCUGUUGUGUGCAUGAUGUAAUACAAAAUAAUACAUUUAAAAUCAACUGCCUUUGUAUAUAAAUUGCAGUCAUUGUAGAUUUAAGACAAUACCAUGUUAUUAAUGACCCAGUUAUCAUUCACUGCUAAGGGUGGUGAUGACUAUCUGUGAAAAGUAGGGUCUCAGAUAAAGUUGCCAUUUUUAUUUA